AUGGAGAUUGCAGCCUACGUGAUGGGGGCCACCAAGGACAUGGGCAAGAUGCUCGGGGGUGAUGAGGAGAAGGACCCUGAUGCUGCCAAGAAGGAGGAGGAACGGCAGGAGGCACUGCGGCAGGCAGAGGAGGAGCGCAAAGCAAAGUAUGCCAAGAUGGAGGCAGAGCGCGAGGUCAUGCGGCAGGGCAUACGAGACAAGUAUGGCAUCAAGAAGAAGGAGGAGCGUGAGGCUGAGGCCCAGGCAGCCAUGGAAGCCAACUCAGAAGGCAGUCUGACUCGGCCCAAGAAGGCUAUUCCACCAGGCUGUGGGGAUGAGCCGGAGGAGGAAGAUGAGAGUAUCCUGGACACUGUCAUCAAGUACCUGCCUGGGCCACUGCAGGACAUGUUCAAGAAGUAA